AACAGGCUGGCAGUUAGGAAAAGGGGAAGCACGUUACAAAACACAGCGUCUCCGUCCCUGCUGCCAGUCUGUGCUUCCUGCUUUAAACAGCAAGAAGAGGGACGGCGGCAAAACCAGCCCACGUGGAAGCUACGAGUCAAAGCAGUGACAAAAGCUGACGCCUCAGACGCCCUCCUGCCUUAUCGGCAGUCCAAACAGGACAAACAGAUCAAUGCGCUGUACGCGCCACUAGAAUGGAGCGUUCACAGCCACACGGUCUGACGGCCUCACAGCCUGAGCAGGAAAUGGCAUUUGAACAACAGGCUUCUCACAAAAUCGGCGGAGAUGAACAGUCGCACUUUAAACCAGGCCUCUCCAAAAGAGGAGGCCGAGCUGGCGUCUCAGCCCGGAGGCUGCUCAUACCGUGUCUGCUCCUGUUCAACGCCGUGCUGCUGACAGCCGCUGUCGUCCUUGGGAUUUACUGUGCCAAAGCCAAGGACCUUCAGGUUCCCCAGGCUAUGACUUCCCCCCUCUUCAUUGAGCUGAACUAUCUCCGUAACCAAAGUGAAAUUAUUAACGAGAAGCUGGAGGUCCAGGCCACGCUGGAGAAAGAGCGAGCCAUCCACCUGCAGUUAAAGACGCAGGUCAAGCAGCAGAAAACCAUCACUGACAGACUUCAGAAGACAAUCGAAGGUCUACAAACCGAGAAGACGCAACGACAGACCAAUAAAACCUCCUUAGAGCAGAGCUGUGGCAGGUGCCCGUUAGGAUGGAAUCUUCUGAAAUCCACCUGCUACUACUUUUCUAAGAAUGAUUUCGCCUCCGGAAAGAGCUGGCAGGACAGCAGAGCGGACUGCGUGAGUCAAGGAGGCGACCUGCUGGUGAUCAGUGACCUGGAAGAACAGCAACUCAUCAGUGACAACUUCCCCAGAGUCAGCAGCAGCAGUCUGUGGUGGCUGAACGGGUUCUGGAUGGGCCUCACCGAUGUCGUGACAGAGGGAACGUGGGUUUGGGUCAACAACGUGACUGAAACAGAGAGAGGGUACUGGAAACAAGGCCAGCCGAGCCACACCGGACCCUCCAAGAAGAACUGCGCAGCUUUUUAUUAUUAUCAGGACGCCAGAGCCACAUGGUUCAAUGAAAGGUGCCUCGGAGUGCAACUGAACUGGAUUUGUGAGAUGCAGUCAAGAUAG